AUGGAUUUCAGUUGGGUAACAUGGAUCUUCGCGGAGAGCUACGCAGACGUCAAUUUUCUGCGCACCCCGCAUUACUCGAGACUUGCAAGAGGAUCAAAGAAGAAGCCGAUCGCUAGGGUCCUGCUCAGUGUUAGUGCGGUUGGUGUACUCGACGUGUCGAAGAUUACGGAUGUCAAAUUAAAUUUCGAGGAUUUGGGAGCGAGACCUGGAUCGGCGUUCCAGAUGGUGAAAUGCAUUCUCGACAACGCGCCGGAACUUGUUACAUUGGAGAUCGCAUUUGGCGAUAUGGUUUACUCACCUGUUGGGGAGUUGAUCUCAGCCAAGAAGGUCAUCAAGCCUUGGUUCCCCAUCUUGGCCCAGGCUCAGCGACGACGAAAAUCUACGAAGCUGACAAAAGUAAAGUUCACUCGGAUCCCUGCGGACUGGGCAACAAGGGCUGUUAGAUGGAUGUCACGACGCAAGAUCGAUGUGACACUGGAAGUGGAAGUUCGCCCCCCUCCAUCGUGGGACUGGUGA